UCAAAAUGGCUACUCGUGUACGAACACAAGAAACAAUUUGUGGAAGCAGAAUUGUCAUAGUUUGUCAUUAGAAGAUUAGAAAAUUUAACAAAACAGGCCAAAAAAGUGAAAAUAAAGUUUUAAAAUUAUCAAAUUCAAUGAAAUGUGCAUAUUUGACAACUGUGGAUGUCACACAAAUAUAACAAGUUGGAAGCAUUCUCAGACGAACAUGAAAAUUUGCUUCAAUUUUCACUUCCAUAUAUCGACGUGAGCUACGGCAAAAUAUCUCCCUUCGACCCGGGUUGAAAAUUCGAACUUCGACAAUUACUCCGAAUAAUUGGCAACACUGAGUGCAAUUACGAAAAGACAAAAUGGCGAUUUUCGACAAAUGACUUGUGAAUGGGAGACGAGGACGACGUGAAUUUUUGUGCUGCGUUGGAGAAAAAAUUUUCCAUUUGCAAUUAUCAUAUUUAAAGUGAAAAUUUUUGAAGAAAAUUUAAUAAUUUUAAAAUAAUAGUGUAUGUUUAAUGUCUGCUAUAAGAAAAAGGUGCUUGCUGAGACAAAAAUAUCAUGAGCCAGGUACACAAUGAAUCCAUCAAUAGCAUAGGAUCGGAAGAUAAUGACGAAAACCACGAAGAUCAGAACGCAUCUGAAAGUGGUAGUGGCAGUUCCUCAGGAUCUGAUUCCGAUUCAGAUAGCUCAUCAUCGUCUUCUAACUCAAGCCGAAGACACAGUUCACCAGAGCGAGGGUCGCAUGCUAGUGACCAAAGCUAUGACAGCGAUGACAAUGCCCAAGAUGGGCAUACCCAACAACAAACCACAACCGCAGUUGAGAGUGUCUCAACAAGGUCUGACUUUCCGCCCACAUCAGCAGCAGCUCAAGAGGAUACCAAAACUAAUGGUUACUCAGACGACAACGAAUCCGAAAGCGAUUCGAAUUCCGAUUCUAAUUCAGAGAGCAAUGAAGACGAGGAUGAGGAAAAUCAUGGUGCAGAAAUGGACCAAGACGUUGCAAAUUCCACACACAAUCUUACCAACAACACAUCGGCAACAACUGUUAAUACUACCACAAACACAUCAACAGACAACAAUACCUCAAAUACAACAAACGACGGCGAUGAAGACUCGCAAGAAGGAGACACAAGCUUUGCGGAUGAGGAUGGUGGUCACCACAAUAGCACAGCCGAAGGCUGUGAGAGUAAAAGUAGAACCGACAAUAUGGCAACAUCGAAUCCAUUACCAAAGAUGGUAUCCCAAUCAACCCUAGCAGCCACAGCAUUACCCCAACAAAACGUUGAAAAUAUGCAACAUGAUGAAGACGGUGAUGACGACGGCGAAGCAUCUGAAUCGGGCGAUUCUGCCGAAAAGAGUUCUAACUCGUCAGCUGCAGAGUCACCAACUGCAAGCAGUAGCAGCAGCAGCGAAGACGAUGAGGACGACUACCAGCCAAAACGAAGUACGCGCACAGCUAGGAAACAGCCGAGUGCAACAGCGGCGGAGAAGACCGCAAAGAAGGCAAUGAAAAAACGGAAAAAACAAAAUUGGGACUCAGACGAAAGUGAUGAAAGCGAUGCGGACAGCGAUAUGUCAGCGCCGCGACGACGUAAGGCGAACGCCAAGGGAGGCAAUGCUAAGGCAUCACAACGUCGUGGCAAAAAAGCUUCCUAUUCCAGCGACGAAAGUGAUGAUGGUGAAGAAGAUAGCAAAAGGUUUGGAACGCGACGAACAGCGGCCGCGGUUAGCUACAAAGAAGCAUCUGAAGAUGACAAAACAGACUCAGAAGAUCUCUUAGAAGUCGAAUAUGAUGAAAGCCAAGCGGCGGUUGCAGAAGAAGAAGAUAAGUGUGAAACAAUCGAGCGUAUUUUGGCGCAGCGUCGUGGUCGAAAAGGUUGUACAGGAAACCCAACCACAAUUUAUGCCAUAGAGGAACAUGGCGUCGAUCCUAACGACGGCGUCGAUGAGAACGAUUACGAAAAUACUGAAACGCAGUAUUUAAUCAAAUGGAAGGGAUGGUCAUACAUACACAACACGUGGGAAUCAGAAACGACACUACGUGAGCAAAAAGUAAAAGGCAUGAAAAAACUUGAUAAUUUUGUGAAAAAGGAACAAGAUAUUGAGUAUUGGCGUCGGUAUGCUGGUCCUGAAGAUAUCGAUUACUUUGAGUGCCAAUUAGAAUUACAGAAUGAUUUGCUCAAAUCAUACAAUAAUGUAGAUCGUAUCAUAGCGCGUAACCAAAAACCAGAUGGCAUGUCUGAAUAUUUGUGUAAAUGGCAAUCGCUGCCUUAUGCAGAGGCUACGUGGGAAGAUGGUACGUUAGUGCAACGCAAAUGGCAACGAUGUGUAGAGCACUAUGAAGAACGUGAAAUAUCCAAAUGCACACCAUCUCGCCACUGCAAGGUGCUCAAGUAUCGACCGAAAUUCUAUAAAAUACGCGAUCAGCCUGAUUUUCUAAGCGAUGGCUUAACUUUGCGUGAUUAUCAAAUGGACGGUCUUAAUUGGCUAUUGCACUCGUGGUGUAAAGAGAAUUCCGUUAUACUUGCCGACGAAAUGGGUCUUGGUAAAACCAUACAAACCAUUUGCUUUCUAUAUUCAUUAUUUAAAGUGCAUCACUUGUAUGGGCCAUUUUUGUGUGUCGUGCCGCUAAGUACUAUGACAGCGUGGCAGCGCGAAUUUGAUCUCUGGGCACCCGAUAUGAAUGUUGUUACAUAUUUGGGUGAUGUAAAAUCGCGUGAAAUGAUACGCCAAUAUGAAUGGCAAUUUGAGGGUUCGAAAAGACUGAAAUUCAACUGCAUUCUAACCACAUAUGAGAUUGUACUGAAGGACAAAUUAUUCCUCGGUACCUUGCAAUGGGCCGCUUUGCUAGUUGACGAAGCUCACCGCUUAAAAAACGAUGAUUCGUUGUUGUAUAAAUCUCUCAAAGAGUUCGAAACGAACCAUCGUUUAUUAAUCACUGGCACACCCUUGCAAAAUUCACUCAAAGAGCUAUGGGCUUUGCUACACUUCAUUAUGCCCGAUCGUUUUGUUACUUGGGAAGAGUUCGAAGUGCAGCAUGGCAAUGCUGCCGAUAAAGGUUAUACCAAAUUGCAUCAGCAACUUGAGCCUUACAUUUUACGGCGAGUGAAGAAGGAUGUCGAAAAGUCAUUGCCAGCCAAGGUAGAACAAAUAUUACGCGUCGAAAUGACAUUAAUGCAAAAGCAAUACUACAAAUGGAUUUUGACGAAGAAUUUCGACGCGUUGCGCAAGGGCAAAAAAGGUUCCACCUCUACAUUCUUGAAUAUUGUAAUCGAAUUGAAGAAAUGUUGCAAUCACGCUGCACUAAUUCGGCCGUCAGAAUUCGAUUUGAUUGGUCUACAGCAGGAGGAGGCACUGCAAACCUUGCUAAAAGGUUCCGGAAAAUUAGUGCUUUUAGACAAAUUAUUGUGCCGCCUCAAAGAGACUGGUCAUCGUGUGUUGAUUUUCUCGCAGAUGGUACGCAUGCUGGACGUGCUGGCUGAUUAUCUGCAAAAACGACACUUUCCGUUUCAACGCCUUGAUGGCAGCAUAAAAGGUGAAAUGCGACGUCAAGCACUGGACCACUUCAAUGCCGAAGGCAGUCAGGACUUCUGUUUUCUGUUGUCCACGCGCGCUGGUGGUUUAGGUAUCAAUUUGGCAACAGCCGAUACAGUCAUCAUCUUUGAUUCCGAUUGGAAUCCGCAAAAUGAUUUGCAGGCACAAGCGCGUGCACAUCGUAUUGGUCAAAAAAAUCAAGUGAAUAUAUAUCGUUUGGUGACAGCGCGUUCGGUUGAGGAGCAAAUUGUGGAACGUGCGAAACAAAAAAUGGUGCUUGAUCAUCUUGUGAUACAGCGUAUGGACACAACCGGUCGUACGGUGUUGGACAAAAGUGGUGGCAGCUCAACAAAUGCCACACCAUUUAACAAAGAUGAUUUGUCGGCUAUUUUGAAAUUCGGUGCCGAAGAGUUAUUUAAAGAUGAACAGGAGAAUGACGAUGAGCUGGUUUGCGACAUUGAUGAAAUCUUGCGGCGUGCAGAAACACGAAAUGAGGAUCCCGAAAUGCCAGGUGAUGAUUUGCUGUCUGCGUUUAAAGUUGCCAGUAUCGCUACAUUUGAGGAGGAGCCCAGUGAGACUACUAAAGACGAUGAUCAUAUGGGUGGAGAGGAAGAAGAUACAAAAGAUUGGGAUGAUAUAAUACCGGAGGAUUUCCGAAAGAAAGUUGAAGACCAAGAACGUGUUAAAGAGAUGGAAGAUCUGUAUUUACCUCCACGAAGAAAGACUGCGGCAGCCAAUCAGGAUUCCAAUAUGUCGUCUAAACGCGGCGGAAGGAAAGGUCAACAACCGGAUGAGUCAGGUGCGGACUCGGAUUAUGAACUUGGUUCGGAUGCAAGUGGUGAAGAUGGACGUCCAAAGAAACGUGGUCGGCCUACAAAUAAGGAGAAAAUACCCGGUUUUACCGAUGCGGAAAUAAGGCGUUUUAUCAAAUCGUAUAAAAAAUUCCCCGCCCCACUUGAACGUUUAGAAGCAAUCGCAUGUGAUGCAGAGCUGCAAGAAAAACCAUUGGCAGAAUUAAAAAGAAUCGGUGAAAUGCUUCAUGAUCGUUGCGUGCAAUUUCUCGAAGAACACAAAGAUGACCCGCCAAUUAUGCCAAAGAAUCAAACUGAUGACACUGUUGCUGCAAAACAGAGACGCACGCGUGCCACAUAUUCUGUGAAACUGGGUGGUGUCUCGUUUAAUGCCAAAACCUUGUUAUCAUGCGAAGAAGAACUGAAGCCGCUCAAUGAUAUCGUGCCUAGUGCGACAAGUGAACGCUACAGUUGGCAACUUAACAUAAAGACUAGACCUGCGAAUUUCGACACAGACUGGGGUAUUGAUGAAGACUCUAAGCUGUUAUGCGGUAUUUAUCAGUACGGCAUUGGCUCUUGGGAACAGAUGAAAAUGGAUCCGAGUUUAAAACUUACAGAGAAAAUCCUAUUCAAUGAUUCUCGGAAGCCACAAGCGAAGCAUUUGCAAUCGAGAGCGGAAUAUUUGUUAAAAAUCAUCAAAAAGAAUGUUGAACUGAAAAGGGGUGUGCAACGCAAGCAGCGUAAACCGCGUAAGCCACGAGAAGCUAAAGUCAGCGGAAAUGUUAGCACUAAUAAUGCGACCGUGUCACUGACGCCCGAACGUAAGCCGCGACACAUAUCCGAGUCCCAUCUCGGGGACGAUGCUUCACAGUCGGCACACGAAGGUGCUGAACGUAAGCCACGCUCACGUGAUAGUACAUCUAAAAAUGAAAGUAUUGACCACGACGCUACCACAACUAUAGCCGAGUCUGCAGAUACUGCGCCAACUGCAACUACGAAAAAGAAAUCGAAACGUAAUUCCACUGGAAAAGAGGGUAAGACUGGUGGUCGCAUAAAGAAAUCUAGUGCAUCCGAAUCGACGGCGAACAACAAACCUAUGCAUUUUACAGCGAACAAUGAGCCACGCGCACUCGAAGUACUUGGUGAUCUGGAUCCCAAUGUGUUUAACGAAUGUAAAGAAAAAAUGCGACCAGUUAAGAAAGCGCUAAUUGCCCUCGACCGGCCGGACACUAGUCUCUCCGGUCAGGAACAAGAGCGACACACCCGCGAAUGCUUGCUAUCGAUCGGACGUCAAAUCGAUGCUUGUUUAGAGGCUUACAAGGAACCCGAAAAGAAAGAAUGGCGUAGUAAUUUAUGGUAUUUCGUGUCGAAAUUUACUGAAUUCGACGCGAGAAAGCUCUUCAAGUUAUACAAGCAUACAUCAAAGAACGCAGAGGAUGCAGCAGGUGGUAAUGGUGCAGCUGGUGGUGCGAACGUUGCGAGUUCAACGGAAAAAAGUGCCAAAGCGAAUUCUCAAUCGCCUAAAAAACGUCCGCGCAGUGAUGCACAAAUUGAAAAUGGGACUACCGCGGUUAGUGAGAAGAAGAAAAAGAAGAAAGACAAAGAGAAGGAUAAGGCUAAGGAGAAAGACAAAACUCGAGAUAAGAAGGAGAAGCAUGGUGUUGCACCGAAUGCGGACAAAUCGAAGCGCUUGCCUGGAUUAGACACGUCAUUGAAGAGAAAGCGGGAUGAAAACGACGUAGGCAGCGCCAGCGGCAAUGCUGUCGAUAGCAAGGGAAUGUCGUACAAACGGCAAAAUAUGAACGCUGUUGGGAGAAGUCGUGAUGAACGGAAAAAACCCUACACUACGGACGGUGUUGGCUCUACAAAUCGCGGUAGCAGUGGUAUACCACCUGCUGGAAGUGGCGAUCGACGAAGUUCCAUGAACUCACCUUCAACCCAAAACAAUCGCAGUAUGCAUAGUGGCAACCCAAGAAUGACGCCAAAUGCGGCGGGUACCCCGGGCAGUGUACCAGGCAGUGGGAACUACAGCACACCUGGUGGGGCGAGUGAUUCACGCAAUAUAUCUUCUCCUUAUAUGGAUAGCAAUGAACGAUGGGGGCAUGGUCGGGAUCGGUAUGGCAAUUCAGAUUACAAACGAGAGCGUUAUGAUAAUUACGGUGGGCGUGGUAGCGUAGGUGGUGGUAGUUAUCAUCGUGAUCAUCGCGAUCGUGACAGAGACCGAAGACCAGACAAAAGACGAUAUCCCCCUCCUCAUGCGCCACCUCCCCUCCCAUAUGCUGGUUAUCACAUGAACCCCAACUAUUACAUGGGCAAUGGUAGUUUGCCACCGGGUGCAGCACCACCACAUGCUCCAUAUCGUGGCGACCCGCGUUAUGCAUCAACUGGCGAUUGGCCACGUGACAGUCGUAUGGAUUUUCCACCCGAUUACCGUAGGGGUGACUACGAGCGGCGACCGCAAUCAUAAAUUCUGCCAGUUCAUCACAAGCAUUAUACUGCUAAACUUUUUUUGUACUGUGUUAUGAUCAUAAUUUCUCGUCAUAUGCCUAUAGUUACUAUAAUGUUACAAACGCAAAUUUGAAGCCGAAACUAUUGGAUAAGUGGAUGUAAGAAAUAUGAAAAUAAGUUAGUUUCUAAAUUAUAACAAAUAAUAUUUAUAACUCUGUAAAAAGUAGCCAUAGACUUAUUUAAGCACAUCCAAACAAUCAAUCCUCUCAUUUAAGAAUUCCAAAUUGGAAUCGACAAUGCUUAACAUUUCAUUUGUUUUGAACUCUUUUUUUUUACACAUACAUAUGCGUACUUGUUUAUAUUUUAAUACGUAAAAAAAGUAUUGUACGUAUAUAUACAUAAAUACAUGUACAUUUAAUAUUAAAAAUCUUAUGCAUUAAAUAUGUGGGUGAUGUAAAUUAAUUUUUUUAGUACUGUAAUGAGUAGAAUGAAAUCAAUGUGUAUAAUAAUGAAUUAAAGAAAAAUAAUUAUUUUGUAUUUAUACUUAACGUCAUUAAGUUUUAUUCUGCUAGCUUUAAUUCCAUUACACAUACGAUAUAACUGUAGCCAACUGAUAUGAUAUAAAUACAUAUACUAUAGUUAACGUAUAAGUUUAUAAGAAAAAAAAUUAAAAACACAAACAUAAAGCAACAAUUCAACUUGUAAAACUGUAAUUAAAUGUGUACAAAGGAAAUUAUAUAACUUGAUAUUUUUUAAAUUAAUUUCGAAAAAUAUUCAAAUCUAGAUAUAAGCACCACAAUUGCAUAGGUAACAUUAUCUUUUCUAAUACAUACAUAGUUAGAUUUUUAUGUUUGGUUCAGUUACAGACGCAUUGUUGUAGCGCAUGUGAUUGAAAGUCGUAUAUAAGACAAUGAAUAAAUAAAAACCUAAUUAGAAUAUACAUUUUAAA